AUGGUUUCGGACGGCCAGAUGAUGAAUCCGUUUUGUUCGAAAUCCAUGUUGACUGUUGUUCACUAUCGGCAAAAGCCGUUUGGAAGUGUACAGCAUUUAAGUUUCAUCAAGGAUGAGUAUGAAAUGUUAUUCUGUGUGGGAACUGUAUUUCGAAUCAAAUCUGUUGAAGAUAAUGGAACUAUUUGGCAUGUCGCAUUAGAAUUGAGUAAUGGUGAAAAUAUCGAAUUAAAGGGACUUGUUGAACAUUUUAGUAAAUAUGUCGUCGAAACAAAGCCAAUCCUAUUGGCUCUGGCUGAUGUGCUAACUGAAAUGGGCGAGUAUGAAAAAGCUAGACAUUUUUCUGAAUUAUUUCUUAGCUACUUAGAACCAUUCCCUCAAAAUCAACUUGCUGGCGUCACUCAAAGCAAUAUUGGUCUGCUCGAUUAUCACGAAGGACGUUAUGAGAAAGCGAUGCAAAAAUAUAAGACAAGAGUGUCAAUGCAACUGCUUCAACAAACUGUUGAGGUGCCGUCUAAUAAACAUGAUGGUCGUCGGCAUGAUCUUGGUUUAUUGUAUAAUAAUAUUAGAAUUAUUUAUAUACAUAAUGCGAAAUAUGACGAAGCGCUAAAUUUCUUUGAGAAAGCACUUGAUCAUAUUUUUGAUAACCACAUUGAUAUAACAAAUGUAUUCAAUAAUAUUGCUGUGUUAUGUUGUUUUAAAUGCGAAUAUCAAUUAGUUUUAAAACACUCCGAAAAAGCAUUAACACUUGAGCAAGAUACUUUACUAAAAAAUCAUCCACAGCUAGCAAGUACUCAUCUGAAAAUCGGCGAAAUUCGUCAUCAAAUGGGUAACUAUGAUCCUGCAUUAAAGAGCUACCAGAUUGUCGAUGAAAUUUAUCGAAUUGCUCUUUCACCUGAUCAUCCCGUCGCUAGCUAUUACACAUGCAAAUAUAGGAAUGAUUUAUAUAGAUAA